GUGGCGGACACGGCUGCUGUGAGGGCUGUGUUCCUUUGUGCUACAAUGCCGCGGUGUGGCAGCUGGUUGCCCCCUCCGCUAGCCACUUGCCCUCUAUCCCUCUUAACAUGCAAGGCAGGCAGUCUCUCCUCACAGGGAUAGCCCGGCUCCAUUGUGCUGCCCCUCUCUGACUCCCGGGCGGUCGGGGGGUUGCUAGGAGCCGCUAUUUAUCCUCACAAAGAGGCGCCAGAGCUGUGAACUGUAAACCGCACACGGCUCUCCACGGGCGGGCGCCUCCUACAGCGGCUGGGGACUGAGGAGUUAACACACCCGGGAUUACACGGCGUCCUCUGUCAGCUGUCUCCACGGUGACUGCUCUCUAAGAACCGAGCCGCCUCCGGGGAAGUUCACCUCACUGCAGGCUGCGGAGGAGCCGUCUCUUCUCAUAGCCCGAUACCGGGACGACGGGUCAGGCUCAUCCAGCCGCAGAACACGGAGAGGCGGAAGCAUCCUGCCCGGGACUGGGCGCUCUGAUGCCGGGGCUGACUGCUAGGUGAGGAAAUACCAUAAAGAAAGGGUUCAUGACAGUACUCUGUGAGACGACCUCCUCUUCAGGACAGGAAUCUCUCGGAUAGCUUUAAAAGAUCUGCACUUUUCCCCAUGCUAGUCAGGACAAGGGAAAGGCAAUGAGAAACCCGCAUUAGAGCAAGAGGAAAUACCUAAAUCUCUGCACAGAGAUGGUUGUACGACUGCGAAGUCUUGUGCUUUAUACCUUAUUUUUGUCAGCAUUUGGGCUUUUUAUCUACUUCUACAAAGACACUAAAUCUGAGAUUGAUCCUGUUGUCCUUAGAAAAGACACACAAAAACUAGAAUUUGUCUUCUGGGCUUCUCCAUCAAGAAAGGUCAUCCAAUGUUAUCCCAAUGAAUCUAUACUCAAUGGUUCCUCAACCUUUCCUGAACUGCAUCGCCUAUUCUUGAUGUACAGACACUGCAGAAACUUCUCAGCUCUUAUCAUGCCUAAGGAAUGUGAAAAAGAUACCUUUUUAUUACUGGCCAUAAAGUCUCUCCCUAUUAAUAUAGAUAGGAGAAUUGCUAUAAGGAAUACCUGGGGAAAAGGGCAGGAAUUUCGGGGCAAGAAGGUUAAACUGGUAUUCUUACUCGGCAAGACUGAGACCAGCACCCCAGCUCAGUCAUUGGACCAGCUCUUGUCCUAUGAACACAAUGAGUUCAAUGAUAUUAUCCAGUGGAACUUUAUAGACAAUUUUUUUAACCUCACACUUAAGGAGCUUCAUUUUUUGAGAUGGUUUUCAGAGGGAUGUUCACAUGCAAGCUUUGUUCUCAAAGGUGAUGAUGAUGUCUUCAUUAAUACUUACAAUAUUGUGGAGUUCCUUCAGGAGAUGGAUCAGGACCAGGACCUUUUUGUCGGAGAUGUCAUCAGCAGAGCAAUUCCCAUCAGAAACACUAAAGUAAAGUAUUUCAUCCCACAUGAAAUGUACAAUGAGAGUCAUUAUCCUUUAUAUGCUGGAGGAGGUGGCUACCUAAUGUCCAGAAGGACUACCCAACGUCUUCUUGGCACCGCUGAAACCACUGAACUCUUUCCCAUUGAUGAUGUUUUUGUUGGCAUGUGCCUUGAAAAGAUGAAUGUGACUCCACAGUUUCACGCAGGUUUUAAAACAUUUGGUAUUCGUAAACCAGUUAAUCCAUUUGAUCCAUGUUUGUAUAAAGGGCUAAUGGUUGUUCAUAAAUUAAAUCCUACAGAAAUGUGGAUCAUGUGGACUUUAGUGAAUGAUAAAGGGAUGCACUGUGCACACUCCAAAAAGUCUUUGUGAAAUAUAAACACUUCUGAUGUUUAUCUUUAAAGAAUGCAAAAGACAAGCAUAUAUAUGUGUAGUUUUACAAAUAUUCCUACCUGAAGUGCUUUAUCUUUAUAAACAGCAUUAUAGGAGGUGUUGUUUAGAUCCAGAUGAAGCACCAACUGUAGUUCAUCCCUAGUUAGGUUUCUGGUCCUCACUGCAGUUUCUAUGGAAAUGGCAUUUUAAGGAAUUGUAGGUGUUUAACAGGAAGGACCAUUAUAUAUACCUAUGGUAGUAUUGGCCCUCAUAUUAGGAUAGCUUGGUGAUCCAACCUCUGGGAUUUGGGCUGCAUCGGUAGGGCCUGACAACGGCACUGUAAUUCUUUCAGGGUUAAGCAGAAAUGCUAGCAUGGACAUCCCUGUGCUAGGUCACAGAGAGCUAUAGUCUUAACCCUUACUUUCUGUUGAAUUGUUGUCUGAUCCCACAGAUUAAACAUUCAAUACUGCCAAUAUUACCUCCCAGAAGACCCAUUUCUGGAAUUAAUAUAUGCAAAAUACUGUAUCUGCAACAUAAUUCCUUUGAGACAACGUUACUCGCCUAAGCUGAUAUUGUAAGCAAGAAGCUUGUUUUAUGGGUUGGUAAUCUGAAUUUAUUAAAAGCUUCUGUCAGUAUUCAAUGCUGAACAAAUCAUUCAUCAUUGCAUCUGUGUUGGCUGGGGAAUCAACAAGAGGAGGCUAGAACAUGGUAGCCAGCUCAUCAUUUCUCACAUUUGUCGCACAUAUUAAAAUUGUGAAAAAAUUUAAUUUUGGAAAUGAAUGUUUUGUGGAAGUUUAAUAAAUUCCUUUUGUGGAAGUGUUCCCUUUUUAUACAAAAGCAGGUUUUAUGCUGUACUAGCAAAAGAAAAAAAAAUAGUAUACAACAAUGUGAGAUCUGACAUUUGUGUACAUAUUGGCACUGAUUUACUAAGAGUGGAGUGUAGUUUUCUUUGUGGGUGUUGAGUCUCGACAGGUUUUUUCCACGGUAUUUACGAAAGUUUCCCUAAAUUUAGCACUUGCUCUGAGUUGUGUUUUUUUUCCCUUCAGAGCUCAAAUCCACCACAUUUUCUGUGGAAACCUUAGUAAAUACCGUAUUUUUAGCCUAAAGUCUAUGUGCGUGUUAUAAGCCGAUAAGCCGCUGCAGUUCAAUGAUUUAAAGCGGGCGCUUUAAAUCAAUGAACUGCAGCGGCUUUGCAGGUGCAGAGACAGCCAGCGCUGCUGGCUUCUCGGCCCCUGCCUGCCCUGGGGUCUAGAGCCCUGCUGCC